AUGCCACCAUCUCCCAUAUAUUCAAUAGUGGCCGCGGUUAGACUCCCGGCUUUUUCUUACGAGCGCCAUCCUCUCUCACUUGACGAGCUGCGACUGAAAUCCGUAUUGAACCACGAGGACAACACAGACAAAACAUCACCACCAGCACCGGGACCAGUGAAAGACUCAGAAUGGAAAUUGGUGGACAAGAUACCAGCCACCAACAUCAAGCACCUCAUAGAGUUGGCGUGCAAAGAAUACGAGAGAUCCAUCCGGCCAAUUCUUCUCCCAGAAACCCAGCCAAGCGACUGCUCUUUGUUGCUGAGAAUCCCGCAUCAGAUCGGCUCGACCACUAAAGUGUACUUCUUCGGCAUCCAAGACCGGAAAAUAAUCGACAAAGUGUUCGACGACAUGCAGCGCGACGGCGAAGUCGAGUGGAUGAAGGACCCAACUGUGGGACGUCAUGGCCAAUUUCGAUAUUCGCUCCAGUACACUGACCAUAGGCGAUCCCUCAUAUGGUGA